CAGAAUUAGUGAACAUUAAAAGUUCAGCAACCGAGUUUUAAAUACAAUAAAUCUAAGAAAAUGCAAAUCCUCUCGUGUAUCGCCUUCACCGCUGCCGCACUCUUUGGCGUCGCUUGCGCAGGAUAUAUUCCACAUGGACACGCCUCCAGUUACGCCUCGGUUCUUCAACACACUGAUGGACACUAUGGUUAUGGCAGCCACGACCACCACUACGAGCACCACGAACCCCACCAUUAUCCCAAGUACACUUUCGAGUAUGGUGUAAAGGACGCACAUACUGGUGAUCACAAGAGCCAAUGGGAGCACCGUGACGGUGAUCAUGUCAAGGGAGGAUAUACCUUAGAGGAAGCUGAUGGCACCACACGCGUUGUGGAGUACACCGCCGAUGAUCACAACGGCUUCAACGCUGUUGUCAAGAAAAUAGGUCAUGCCCACCAUCCCCAGGCAUAUCACCAUGGCGCUUAUGGUUAUGAUCAUGGUCACGCUGGUAGCUACUGAGCAAACUCUUUAUCGAA